UGAACAGGAAGUUCAGUCGUGAUGUCAUCGGUCAUCUGUGUUGGGCGAUUACGUGUAGCUCACCGACCCGGGUUGGCUAGCUUGACAGACGAAAAAGCCACCUGGCGAGUAUCUCAGUGACACUUUCCUUGGAGCAGACAAGGCGAACCCAGCAACCACGAGAAAACCUCACCAACUAAAUUUGGAGUUGUUAUGAUGUGGCGGAAUGGUAAUAUUAAGGUGUUCUUCAUUUGAGGGGUACUGCAGAAGGACAUGUGACUAUUCAGCAAAGGGGCAAUAAAUUCCCUGGACUGUGUGAUGUUCCAUACUCGUUAGGAGCUUCUGUUAAGGAAGUCGCUGCUCAUACAGACAUGUUUGCCAAGCUGAAGAAAAAGAUUGCAGAAGAGGCAGCCACGGCCCCACGGAGCGGUGUUCGAUUACCCCGUACUAUCAGCAAGGAAUCAAUCACCUCGAUGGGGGCAGACUCAGGGGAUGACUUUGCAUCUGACGGGAGCAGCUCCAGGGACGACCUGCCUGCCCUACUGCUCAGGAGGAAUGAUCAGAUGCGCAAACUAGAGGCAAAGCUAUCAGACUACGCUGAGCAGCUGCGAAUAAUGCAGAAGACCAAGGAGAAGCUUGAAAUUGCAUUAGAAAACCAUCAGGAUUGUACGUACCUCUCCUCUCGCUCCCCUCCUCCUGCCACUUCCAUAAAAAAGCUUCAAGAGCAGAAUGAGUUUCACCAGGCUAACAGAGCCAAAAUGGCAGAGGGAAUGACUCUGGCACUGGACAAGAAGGACCAGGAAUGGAUGAAGAAGUUGACUGUUGUGGAAAAUGAGAAGACCGCCUUAUCAGCAAGACUUGAUGAAAUGAUGGAGCAAAGUUUGACACUCUUCCAGAAGAGGGAUGAUAUGGAUGAACUGGAUGGCUUCCAGCAACAGGAACUUGCUAAAGUCAAACACAUGUUGCUGAGAAAGGAAGAACAACUUGGCCAGCGUGAGCGGGACCUCCAGCAGCAGGAGGCUAAACUUCAUUCAGCGAAGCAAAGGCUUUCCGAAACUCAGGGGAAACUUCAGGCUGUCCAAAAGCAACAUGAGGAGAGCGCCAGGAUCACAGCUGAACUGGAAAUAGAACGAGAGCAACUGCUGCUGCUGAGAGAAGAGGCAGAUAAGAAAAUUGGUGAUUUGGACGGACAAAACCAAAAGCUGCAGUUGAUAAUCCAACAGGUCUCAGCAGACUUGCAGAAGUCACAGAGUAUGGUGUCCUUUUCAGAGCGCUCCCUCCAGGAUCUUCAGACUGAACAUAAUGCUCUGAAGUUGAAACAACAAAAGGCUGCUGUUACAGAGGAGGACAAGGAGCGCAUGUUGGGGGACCUUCAGAAGAAAGUGAACUCCUUAGAGAGGCAAUUGCAAGGAAAUCUAAGCCAGGACGACCAUCUACUUGAGCUUCUCCAGGAGAGGUCCAAUCUUGAACAAAGACUGGAAGAAACCAGAACAGAACUACUGGAGUUUCGGACCAAGCAUGCUGAUACAGUUAACUCCUUGGAGGCACAGGUAUCCAAAAUGACGUCCUGUAUUACAGAGCUGCAGACACUUCUCCGACAUAAAGAUGAAUCCUCAAGGUCCUAUCGAGAGAGAACAGACACACAAAUAGCAACCUUGGAGCAGCAAAUCCAGGGAUAUUGCGAUCAACUUAGGAGUACACAGCAGCAGAUUGACGUGAAAGAGCAGCAGACAGAAAAAAUGCAAGGAGAGUGGAGUGCAGAGAAGGCCUUUUUGGAUCAGCAGUUGUCUUUGUUGCAGCAGCAGAGUCUAGAGAAGAAAUGCAGACUAGAGGAGACUAUCACUGCUUUACAAACAGAUAAACGUACAAUGCAAGACAUGAUGGCUGACCUAGAGAGGCAACGAGAUCAGGCAAAUGUCACACUGAAGCAGCAGAUGGAAGAGUUGGAACUAUACAAGGUGGAAUUGGACGGCAGGCAGAAGGUUAGCACAGAAAUUGCCAAAGCUCUUGAAGAAAGUAGGCGACAGAGAGAGGAACUACAAACACAGGUUGAAGUGUCGACCACGUUGCUUGAGAGAUCGCAACAGGAAUUGUCAACUGCCAGUGAGAAGCUAACGUUGAGAGAAAAAGACAUCCAAAGGCUAUGCGAAGAAGUGCAGAGUCGGCAGGCAUCACUGGUCCAGCUGCGGGAUGAAUUUGAGCACCUGCGGGUACAGCGGGAGCAGAUUGAGCAAGACAAAGACUCCCAGCUAGCUCACCUGAGAGAAGAGCUUCUCAGCCAGACCCAACAGCAAGACACUUGUCAAGCUCGGAUCGCAUAUUUAGAAGUGGAGGUGGAGACCCUGACAGAGCAGCUUCACAGUCCUGCAGUGUGCGAUGGGAACCACAAUGGCAGCGUAACAGUGGAUGAUCUAGAUCACAUUCAGAAGGUGAACAAAGAGCUCGAGCAGCAGCUCAGUGACAAGAACAAGACUAUCAAACAACUGCAGCAGCGAAUGGCAGAACUAAAAAGAACGUUGCAAAAAGAACUGAAGCUGAAACCUGAGCCAGAAGAGGAAGCUAAGGAAAAGAUACCAGAAAGUGUAGUCAUCAAACAAGAAAUGGUUUGUGCAGAACUGCCACAAGCGUCUAGUCCAAGCCUUUCCACUGCAAACACCACAGUGACCAACACCUCAGACCUUAACGACUCAAGAGAAAUCAACUUUGAAUACUUGAAGCAUGUUGUUCUCAAAUUCAUGUCAUCCAGAGAGGCUGAGGCAUUUCAGCUAAUACGAGCUGUGUCUGUGUUGCUGAACUUCACUCGUGAGGAAGAGGACAUGUUAAAGCAAACCCUGGAAUAUAAAAUGUCCUGGUUUGGCUCCAAGCCCUCUCCAAAGGGAAUUAUCCGGCCUUCAGUCUCAGGCUCUUCAACCCCCUGGAGCUGAUGGACUACAAUACUAGGAAGGUACUCAGCGAGUACUCAGCAGGACCACCAUCAUGAGGAAAUCGGUCCCCCUUGUCGCUCCAAACAUUUAGUUGGAAGCUCGCUCCAUAUAUUUGAAGCAAUGUCCUGCUGAGAUGCAUUUCCCUGGUUCUGUGGGACAAAUGACUGUUGUUGUGAUUGUUUUUAAUGUUUUGAGGAAAAAGGGCUGCAUGUUUUGUUUUUUGUUUUUUUGUAAUCAGCUGUUGAUUUUUAAAAUGACACUACAAAGGUCGAGGUCGAAGCCAGUGUCACCGUAAGACACAUUUACACUGGAAGUGAAGUUGUCCUAUUUGUUUUCACUCACACCGGUUGGAUCUACAAGCCGUGAAGGGAACUGCCGCAGUUUUUCCCUGAAAUGCAGCUGAUGAAAUCUCAUUUUUCCUGAUUGAUCUUUUUAGCUCUUU